ACAUAGGCGAUCUGGUUCUGUCACACAGUCCAAGAAACACAGAGAAAAAGAACGAGAAAGACCAUUUCAGGAGUACUACUUCAAUGGAUGCAGAGUGUGUCGUACAACAUUUUGUUUUGUACAUGCGGUUGAAAGAAAAAAAAUCCAUAAAGUUGCCAGAUCUCUUGAUACAGAAGGGUUUUUACCCAGAACACAUGGAAACAGUGGUAAGGCUCCGCAUAAUAGCUUAUCAGUGACAGACAGGGAUCGAAUCAAAACAUUUAUUACCAAGUAUGCUAGUGACCAUGCCCUGCCUCUACCAGGCCGACUGUCAAAUUACAAAUCUGAGAAAGUGCUUCUACUUCCGUCGGAUACGACAACUGCUGACAUUCAUGCUAAUUAUGAGAUUCUAGCUGAAGAAAUGAACUUCAGAAAAAUACACUUAAGGACAUUUCAAAGAACUUGGCAUGAGUUGUGUCCAUUCAUUACAAUCAUGAAGCCAUGCACUGACCUGUGUCAGCUUUGUCAGAAUUUCUCUCAUCAACUGUCGACAGUUUCUAAUAUGAAUGAUGAGGAAAAGGAAGAAAUCCUUUCUACUUACACGCAGCAUGUUUCCCAAGCUAAACAGCAAAGAGACUACUACAGACACCAGUGUACCACCAGCAAGGAAGUGUUCAUUUCCUUACCAGAGGAAUGUAAACAAACUGGAAAUGCUCCAUGCUCAGUUGAUGUGGAAAUGCACUAUUCAUGGGACUAUGCUCAACAAGUUCAUUUUCCACAUCAUGCCCAACAAGUGGGACCAAUAUUUUUUAAGACGCCCCGGAAGUGCAAUGUGUUUGGUGUAUGUUGCGAGGGUUCAGGAAAACAAGUGUUCUACUUGAUUGAUGAGGCUGAGAACACAGGAAAGGGUGCUAAUUCUGUCAUUAGUAUGGUUCACCACUUUUUUCGAUACCAUGGAUAUGGAGAAAAAACAGCAGCCAUUCAUUUCGACAACUGCAGUGGGCAAAACAAAAACAACUUGGUCUUAUGGUACAUGUAUGCUAUAUGGAGAGUUCUUGUAGGACUCCAUGUUAUUGUGGAAUAUUCUAUGAUGGUGGCAGGACACACUAAAUUUGAUCCUGACUGGCAUUUUGGAGUCUGGAAAGUAAAAUGGCGUUCAUCUACAGCAGAAACCAUGAAUGAAAUAGCAGACACAGUCCGUCAUUCAUCCCGCAGAGGCCAUAACAUUCCUCAGCUCGUGUCAGAUCCACAAACACCUGUGCAGUUUAGGGACUGGAAGUCGUACCUUGAACAGUUCUUCAAACCGUUGAAAAACAUUCGAGGCUAUCAUCAUUUCCGAGUAAGUGCUGAGAUUCCUGGUGUUGUUGAAUGUAAGGAACUCUGUAAUUUUGUUCCUUUGUGUGUUAAUCUCCUGAAAGAUCAGAACAUCCUUCCCUCCGUAAAUGAUCCUCUGCCUCAAGAAAUCCCAGCACCUGGUCUUGACCCCAAGAGGCAAUGGUACUUGUAUGAGGAAAUCCGUGAACAUUGUCUAUCACUCUCUUCUAAAGACACAUCCUGUCCAAAACCAGUCGUACCAAAGAAAGAGGUGAAAGUUUAUUCUCCUGAUCACUCUAGUACGUCACAUUUGGGGAAAAGGAAAAGUCUUCUCCUUAGAUGA